AUGGGAUCUGGUACUCACGGCCCCGCGGAUCAGAAUCUUCAGGCAGUGGUUUCCGAUGAUUUGGCGUCGUUGAAGGAUCUGAACGUGGAGGAUACGAAGCGGUUGAGUCCCGUGCUGCACGGGAGGAAGGCGUCUACUUAUCUGGGGAUAUUCAGGGACAACGAUCCGCUGCAAGAGAGUGGUACUACGCCCGCGGGUGAUGAUGAUGAUGAUGGUGCGGUGGUGGCAAAUGGGCAGGUCCCCGGCAGGGGCAACGUUACAAGGAAUUCACUCCAGCAGAGGAGGAGGAAUUCUUACAAGAACUCCAGGUACAGGCCGAUGGCAUCUUCACACUCCAAAGCGGGCAAGAUCGUUAACCCAUUGACCCAUCGAAUAGAUAUAUCCCGUGGGUACGCUCCGCUGGGUGGCACUACCGCCGGGCUCGUGUCUCCGCCGAGGCCACAAAGGAGGUACAGUAAGGGAAAUGGCACCGCUGCCACCAGCACCGCUACAACCAACAACCAAGUGGACGACCUCUCGUUGAAACCGGUGUCCUCCGCGACGUAUUACCCACACAGAUCAAAGAGUUCAUCAGGUACAACGGCAGCAGCAGCAGCAGCAGCAGUAGAGGCCAUCAAUGACCAACUUGAUGAACAACAACAACAGCAACAACACAUGGAUAACAGGCCGCGAGAGGUUUUGGAGCCGCUACGGCUCGACAACAACUCUGGAGAGGAUAAAGUCUCUGCCACUGUCGUAGAGAGCAGAACUUCGGGGGAGCCCACAAUUGAGGGUGCGGAGGGUGCACCGGCAGGUAGCGCCUCCGAGCAAGAUGUGGACGAGGAUGCGGACGAGGAGGACAAGGAGUACCCUCUUGCCGUAGAGUUGAAACCGUUUACAAACAAAGUUGGUGGACACACGGCGAUAUUCAGGUUUUCCAAGAGGGCAGUGUGUAAGACGCUUGUUAACAGAGAGAACAAAUGGUACGAGACAAUGGAGCUGACAAAUAACAACUUGCUCAGAUUCAUGCCAAAGUACAUCGGUGUGCUUAACGUGAGACAACAUUUCAACUCAAGGGAACACUUCCUAAGCCAGCUUCCAGCGGAACAAGAACGCAGCAAGAAGUCAGACCGGCCACAGUUUUCCCCGAGUUUCGCAGAAAACAGCGAAUGUAACCCUUCUACAAACCUUAUGGGGGCACCUCUAGAACACAUACACUCGUUCCCCACAGAAUCGUCGUCCAGACCGAUUCCGAUGGCGGACCACAGGGGGGACCACCAUAAAUCCUUCUAUAAUGAGAACAUGUUGCCAGAGGUAUCUAUAGACGACAAUAAGCAUAUAAUCCCUGACUCCCUCUGGGGCCGCGGAUUCCUGUCAACAGGGAAAUCGGAGUCGUCCUCCCCGAGCUCUGCUCCGGACGACUCGUAUUUAUCGCCAGAGAACUUCGAGGGCAAGAUGGGGGGAAGGAGAGAUUCCGGUUCGACGAUGCUGAACACGAAAUUGAGAGAUUUGAUCAUACAGGAGGUGUUCAGACCAGUCCCCUCCAGGAAAAGCUCUACCCACGCUUAUAGCAACUCGUCCGUGGAAGCCCCGAUACGAACGAUAUCUGGGAGGCAGUACCUCAAGAAGAAGAUAAGAUCAUCUUCAUCCUCGUCGUAUGAUGGGAAGAAUAGCACGAGGGACAACGAUGGUAAUCGUGACGAGUGUCCCAGGGUUGAAAACGAACGAAGGGACUCCAACAUCUCGCUGCGCGAGGUCCAGGAAGCGAAAUCGCCGUUACUGCAGAAACUGAAGAAAGAAUCGCUCUCCAAUGCCGUGGAUGCAUCGCAUUCAGUGAUGGACUUGACGCAGUUCCACAAGAAGGAAAAGAUCAGGGAGAAACUGCUUAAUACAGAGGAUAAAGUUACUGGGGAUAAUGACGAUGAGGCGCAGAGGAGGACCCCCGAUGGCGAAUUCGGGAAUGUUGGUUCACCACCUCCAAUCUCGCUUGAGUCCAUAACACUUGAGGAGCAUACAGAUACAAUUGUCUCGAAAUUCAUUCUGCUGGAGGAUCUCACUCGUAACAUGAAACACCCUUGUGCGUUGGACUUGAAGAUGGGGACGAGACAAUAUGGCGUUGAUGCGAGCGCGACGAAGCAACGGUCGCAGAGAAUGAAAUGCCAGAAGACGACCUCGCGGCGCCUCGGUGUGCGCAUUUGCGGACUCAAAAUCUGGAACCAGUCGUACUAUAUCAAGAGGGACAAGUACUUUGGACGCCGCGUCAAGUGUGGCUGGCAGUUUGUACGUAUCCUGUCCCGGUUCCUGUACGACGGGUCUCACGUGGGCUCGAUUGUGAGACAUAUCCCACAUCUGAUCAAGAAACUGGACAUGUUGGCUGUGGAGGUCACCAAUUUGAAGGGGUUCCGUCUCUAUGGUGCCUCGAUUCUGCUGAUGUACGACGGCAAAGCGGACACGAAGCAGAGGAAAGUUAAAGUAAACCUAAUCGACUUCGCGAAAUGCGUCACGAGGGACGACGUAGUGGACAAUUUGGUCAGCGGAUCCUUCAAGAUCCCGCCUAAGCAUGGCGAUCUGGAGGACCUGGGCUUCGUCAGAGGUGUGAAAAGCUUAAAGUUUUACUUGACCGUGAUUUGGAACUACCUGACCAUGGACGAGCCGAUCGCAUACACAGAUGAGGACCUGGCGAACCUCAUCGACAACAGCGCCGAGAGAAAGGGGAAAGAACUGUUUAAACUGCCUUGGGACUGGCUCGAUGAGUUUGACAAGGAGUCCGAGGCGGACUUCAACGACCCGAACAGCGAGCUACGGAAGAAGUGGCGCAAGUACGAGCUGAUCUUCGACGUCGAGCCCCGCUACAACAACGACCAGGAUGUCAGCGACUGA